GAAAGAGCUCGCCUGUGAUGUGUUUGUGUAUCUUCAGUGUUUUUCUCUCUUAAAUGUUUUAUUGAGUGUAAACAGAGUCUUGUCUCUGUGUAUUUUAGUGUUGAUGAUAAGAUGGAUGUGAUGUGCUGUAAAUCAGGAACUGAUCAGGGCUUACAGGAUGAUGAAUCUACUGAUCAAACCUCCACAGAGUCUCUGGAUUCUGUCUGUAACGCUGGAGAACAGCAGCAGAUCCUGCAGACCAAACUCAAGAUGGAGGUGAAAACUGAACCCACAGAAGAUGAAGAUCACACUGAUGAUGAUGAUUAUUAUUUUAUUAAUUCAGAUGUGAAGAGUGAAUUAUGUUUGGAUGAAGAAAUAACGUCAUUGAACCUUUUCUGCAUCCCCGGUGUAGAGACAUUGAGCUCACAGAGCCACUUAGAGAGAGAACACACAGAUCCGAAACUAUUCACAUGCAGAAAAUGUAAGAUUUACUUUACCACCUUACAAGAGAAAAAGCUUCACAUGAAGACACACAAUAAUGAAAAAUCGUUCUACUGCAGUGAGUGCGGCAAAUAUUUAAGCACCAAAAACGCUCUUGAUGGUCAUAAGAGAGUUCACACUGGAGAAAAACCUCAUCACUGUAAUGUUUGUGGGAAGAGGUUUAAUUCUUGGAGCAAUUUAGUGUCACACCAGAGAACUCAUACAGGUGAAAGACCUUACAAAUGCUUUCAGUGCGAGAAGACGUUUGCUCGAUCAGAUGUCCUGAGGACCCAUGAGAGAAUUCACACUGGAGAGAAACCUUACGUCUGCUCUCAAUGUGGUUGGAGGUUCUCUGAUUCAUCUCAUUUAAGUAUUCAUAAGAGAAUUCAUACUGGAGAAAAACCAUAUCACUGUAGUGUUUGUGGGAAGAGUUAUAACUGUCGCAGCACUUUAGUUAAGCACCAGAGAAUUCAUACAGGUGAAAAACCUUACAAAUGCUCUCAGUGUGAGAAGACGUUUACUCAAGCAGGCCAAUUAAAAGUCCACGAGAGAGUUCACACUGGAGAGAGACCUUACGUCUGCUCUCAAUGUGGAAAGAGCUUCUCUGAUCCAUCUCGUUUCAGUGUUCAUAAGAGAGUUCACACUGGAGCAAAACUUUGUCACUGUAAUGUUUGUGGGAAGAGUUUUAAUCACCGCAGCACUUUAGUGACACACAUGAGAAUUCAUACAGGUGAAAAACCUUACAAAUGCUUCCAGUGCGAGAAGACGUUUGCUCGAUCAGAUGGCCUGAGGACCCAUGAGAAAGUUCACACUGGAGAGAAAUCUUACGUCUGCUCUUAGUGUGAUUGGAGCUUCUCCGAUUCAUCUCGCUUACGUAUUCAUAAGAGAAUCACACUGGACUGGAGCAAAACUUCACUGUAAUGUUUGUGGGAAGAGAUUUGAUCGCCUCGGGACUAUAGUGUCACACCAGAGAACUCAUACAGAUGAUAAACCUUACAAAUGCUCUCAGUGUGAGAAGACGUUUACUCAAGCAGACCAAUUAAAACUCCAUGAGAGAGUUCACACUGGAGAGAGACCUUACUUCUGCUCUCACUGUGGACAGAGCUUCUCUGACCCAUCUUGUUUCAGUGUUUAUUAGAGAAUUCGCAGUGGAAAAAAAGUUAUCACUGUAAUGUUUGUGGGAAGACAUUUAGUUUUACACCAGAGAAUUCAUACAGGUGAAAGACCUUACAAAUGCUCUCAGUGUAAAAAGACGUUUGCUCAGUCAAAACACUUAAAAAUCCAUGAGAGAGUUCACUGUUAGGGCUGGGCAAAAAAAUAGAUUUUUCGAUUAAUUGUUUUUUUUCUGUGGUUGAUUCAAAAUCGAUUCUCAAAGGCCACAAAUCAAUUUUUUCCCAUUUUGUUUCCGCAAACAUUGAACGUAAGAUUAACAUUAAUCUAAUCUUUUCCACUAGAUGUCACCCUUUUUUGCCUUGCACAAUGUUACCAAGGAGCGAGAGGCGAGCCUGUCAUAUAUUCAUUCAGUCUAUAUUCUAAUAUAUGAUAAUAUAAUAUAAAAUUCUAUAUAAUAUAUAUUUAUUGAGUUGAAUCGAGAAUCGAGUAUAAAAAUCUUGUGCUUGUGAAUCGAAAUCCAAUCGAUCUGGAACAUCUGAAUCGAUACCCAGCCCUAAUCACUGUAGUGUUUGUUUGAAGAGUUUCAGUCGAUAUGACAAUUUAAUGUCACACCAGAGAACUCGUAUAGGUAAAAUGCUCUUAGUGUGAUAAGACAUUUACUCAGGCAUGUCACGUAAAAGCCCAUCAGAGAAAAGCCCAUUCAUAAAACAUACUGAGAACAAAUUACUCUGAAAUCAUCAUAGCAUCUCAAUUUGUGAAAGUCAAACCCGGAGUGCUUUAGAGGUCAACAUCACAUUAAUGUUUCAUGUGGUUUAGUGUAGGUGUUUGUUUACAUCCAGUAAUUUCUGCUGAAAUUGGACAGAAACCAUUAAAUCAAUAUUCAAUAUGAUUCAUUUGUCAAUGUUCAUUAUAUCUAAUCAAUAUCACGUUUGCAUUCUCCAUUAAUAUUGAAAAAUAUUUACAUUUCAACAAACCACUAUUAUGGUGAUCAGUGUUUGCUUUAGUAGAGCCCUUAACUGAUGACAUUUGUUAAAGGCGCUCUAAGCAAAUCUGUGAGAUUUCACUUUUUGUUGAUGUUUGAACUGUUUCCAAACAAACAGAGCGUAGCUAACUCCUCCCCCUCCCUACCGUGCUUUCAUGAACGUGCCCAACCACCACCCCCAAAUCAUUCUUGUUGGUUAUUGGCUGGAACACUUUGUUUUGUUUCGUGGUGCUAGGUUUGGCCACUGUGUUUUUAUUGCAGUUUGUGGAGCCUGGGCUGUCUACAGAGAUCGCAUUUUUUUUACACUUUGAUCAGCGAACAGGCAGCAAGCAGAUAGUGAGCAGAUGUUUCCUGUAUGUAACAAAAAAUGUUUUAUGGUCUAAAACGUGUGAAUUCGCUUAGAGCACCUUUAAGUUAACUAUUUCUCAGUGCUUAUGGGUGUUUAUGUAAGAACACAUGUGCACUGACGAAGAAAGCAGUUUUUCAAAGUUAAUUUGUGGAUGGUUGUUUUUUAUAAUAGGUGUCAAGUUGGAAUAAAAUUAUGCUGUUUUAGGUGUUGAUCCUUUUGUGACAUUCUCUGCUUUGUAAAUGCUGACAAACUUAGACAUCUUCACUUGUUAUUAGGGUGAAUGUUUGUAAUUUUUCUGAAAAAUAAGUACUUGAUUACUUGGGGGUGUGGCAAUCAAAGGUAUCAUCAGUGUGUGUAACACUAAACAGACCUCCAAAUGCUGCCAACCACAAAACAAAUAAACCCAAAUGAUAAUUGUUUCGUGAUCGAUCAUCAAUGCCAGUGCAUAUUUAGAGAGAUGUUAAUGUACUUUGAUAUGUAUACCACUGAAGUAAACUGUAUUUUCAGUUUCUU